GAUAAUGUCAUCUACUUUCUAGAUUUAUUCGAUGAAUAUCCACUUAAGCAUACGGUAGUUGUUGCUUCCAACAAGACAAGGAAUUCAAAACCAUAAAACCAACGACCACAACGACUACGUCACUGUAUCGGCAUGAGCACAAUAAAACCGCAACGGGUUAAUGCAAUAGAAAACGAAACAUCCAUCCAACUUGAAGAAAAUACAAGAGAUUGAACAACAAAAGGGGCGAUUUACUUAAAACCAUAGAUAUCCUUACUGGUGCGGGCAAAACUUACAGAAGAAAAAAAAACACACACACACACAACACCCACAAAACAAAAAUAAAGCCAUGUGAAUUGUUAACAAAUUCUUUAAGCAAGCAGCAAGUUGAUUACAUGUUACUGCUGCAGCUGCUGUUUUUAAAUGGCAAGCAAGUGUCCAAGUGCCUGUGUCUAAUGCAAGUUAACCUUACGACUUCAAGCUCUUAUAUGUCGGUUUAAAAAUAAACACGAAAAAGGAAGACCUACUUACACAAAAAAAAAACGAAAAUACAAAACGGAAAAUUAUGAAAAUAUCGCCGCAUUGUCUGGUGGUGAGAUGAUUUGAAAUUUUUGUUUUCCUGGAUCUGUUUCUCAACGGCUGGCUAAUUGUCUUCACACAAUAAUGUUAGACAGAUACACGAACCUAUUCUUCUCAUUUGGAUUCGGUGUUAUACUAAUGUGGUUAACCGAGUCAACAGAAGCACAUGUAAACUAUACCGCCAAGCCGAGAGUGGUCUUACCUCCCAACUAUGUCAAGGAAAUACGACCGCCUUCAAAAAAGGGAACUCCAGUCAUAGUAGAUUUUAGUAUAUUUGUUGUAGAUAUUAACUCAAUUAAUGUAGAGGAUAUGGACUUUCGAGUAGAUAUGUUUAUACACCAGCGAUGGCUAGAAUCUAGACUAGAAAUAUCCGAUGAUAUAUUCGAGGAAGGAGAUGAUUAUGUCACUCUAUUGCCCGAGUUCUUUGAUAAUCUGUGGCAGCCAGAUCCGUAUUUUCUCAAUUCGAAAAUAGCAGAAAUUGCCACGUUAACCCACAAAUUUACUUCGGUGACUUUGUACAAAAACAAGACGGUACGUUAUGCAGCACGAAUGCAUGCCAUCAUAGCCUGUCAAAUGGAAUUUCAAUUAUAUCCCAUGGACAUACAAGUCUGUCCCAUAUACAUUGAAAGUUUCUCAUCGAAUAAUCAAAAAGUAAAGCUUCGCUGGUCCGAUUCAGGUGUUACCUUAAAUCCCGAACUAAAAUUGCUGCAAUAUAAUCUGGGCCAACCACUUGAACUGGAGGAGAGUGAUGGCUAUAUGCCUGAAAAAGUUGGCAAUUUCUCACGUCUUACCGUCUAUUUUCGCUUCGAACGUCAAAUAGGUCAUCAUCUGAUACAAACAUUUGCCCCCUCCUCUUUGGUGGUGAUGUUGUCGUGGUUUAGUUUUUGGUUGGGUCUUGAUGCUAUACCCGGUAGGGUAACCCUAUUGGUUACCUGCAUGCUGACACUGGUGACAAUGUUUACAGGCUUAAGGGCGGAUAUACCGCCUGUGGCUUACGUUAAGGCCUUGGAUCUAUGGAUGGCUGGCUGUAUGGUUUCUGUGUUUGCGGCAUUGGCUGAGUUUGUUGUGGUCAAGGUUUUGGAUGUUCAAUAUCAAUAUCAGGUCAACAAGGUGCCGAAAACAUUACCCAUGCGUCUAAGCAACAUGGAAAAAGGUCAAUGUGCAACCGUAGCAAGUUGGGAAGGCGGUGCUGUACGGUCACGCAAGGCUACACAAACGCCAACUACACCGGGCCAGACUUCCUUACAAGGCAAUGGCGGACCUCCAAAGCCGGCACGACGUCAAAGUCUAUUAUCGGUGGCCUGGACAGAUGAUACGACGGGUGUUGAAAAGAUAAUGUGGCGUGAAAUCGAUAAAGUUUCAAGGGCUGUAUUUCCCAUACUGUUUUUCGUUUUUGUCCUCUUGUAUUGGCCCAUAUUGCUGAUGAAAUCAUCUUAGGAUUUGGGGAGUUCCAGAGAGCAGCUCUCUGGGCUCCGUUAAAUAUCAACACACCCACACACAAAGACACACUCUAACGCAUUAAGGAAACAAAAUCUCCCCCCACAAACACCCUCCACAUAAUAUGAACACCCUCUUCCUCAUCUAAACACGCAACAGUGAAUAUGUACAACAAUGGCAAUGUAGAACAAAGCGAUUUUGCAAAUCCUUCUCCCUCCGCCCCCUCUUCCCUAAACUCCCACUAACUAACAAGCAAAGCAAAUUGUUUAGGACAAUUUCCGUUUUUAUACGAAACUGAGUUGAGACGAGUUGUUUUAUUUUUGUUAAUAUAAGCGUUAUGAUUAUUUGAAUUUAGUGAAUAGUCUAGGGAAAUGUGUAGAUAAUUAUGAGAUAACACUUACAUACAUACACACAUAUUAAACUAUGAGUUAAGAACUAAAA